UGAGUUCUUUCAAUUACGCUUACUAACUCUGAAAAAGCUUCCGAGGCUUGGAAGCUUCUGCUCAGGAAUGACAACAACAUCAACAUCACAAUCGAGACAUGAUGAAUUGACACUGUUUGACGAAAAGCUUGUCUUCCCCCUCUUGGAGUCACUGAUUCUUUUCGAUAUGAUUAAUUUGGAGAGGAUAUGUAAUGGUCAACCAUCAACAAAGUUCCUCUGCAAUUUAAAAUCCGUAGAAGUGAAAGGUUGUGAUGAAUUGAAAUUUCUCGUCUCUUUUUCCACUACCAAAAGUCUUCCACAACUUCAAAGACUUACAGUGGAAGAUUGCAAGAAUGUGAAAGAGAUUUUUGCUAUUGAAAGAGAGGAGAAUGUCAACAAUGGCAGCGGUAAGAUUGAGUUCUUUCAAUUACGCUUUCUAACUCUGAAACAUCUUCCGAGGCUUGGAAGCUUCUGCUCAGGAAUGACGACAACAUCAACAUCACAAUCGAGACAUGAUGAAUUGACACUGUUUGACGAAAAGCUUGUUUUCCCCACUUUGGAGGCUUUAGAGCUUGAAUGUAUAGGAUCUGGAAUGAUUUGGUGCAGCCACCUUCCAACAUUCAUGACAUCAUCCUAUCAUAAUUUGACAAGCUUGACCGUGCUGGGCUGUGGAAAUCUAAAAUACAUAUUUCCAACUUUUAUAGUUCAAAGCUUUAAGCACCUCCAACACCUUGAGAUUUGCGAAUGCAGAGAUUUAAAGGAGAUUGUUGCUAAUGGAGCAGAAGCAACUCCUAAGUUUGUCUUUCCACGGAUAACAUUUUUAAAACUUGACAACCUACCAAAACUUACAACUUUUUAUCUUGGAAGACAUCUUUUGGAAUGGCCGUUGCUAGAGAAGUUACAGGUUUGUAAUUGUAAAAAAGUAAAGAUAUUCACUUCAGAAUGUGGUAGCUCCAAUGAAAACAACACGAAGGCCCAAUUCAAUAUUUCAGAGCCGGCCCUCUUCUUGAUUGAAAAGAUCAACCCCGAUUUGAAGGAAUUGAUAGUGGAUAGCAUGAUUCCACUUGGAAUCCUUGAGAGAUUUAACAACCUAAAAAAGCUCAAACUAAAUGGGGAUUCAGACGAAGUAUUAUUCUCAUGUAAAGAAGAAGAGAAACAUAUUGAAAUACCAAUGAAGAUAAAACAUUUAUAGCUAUAUCAUCUUCAUCAUCUAAAGUACUUGUGGAAAGAAGACUGCAAGCUGGAUCCUGUUCUUCUGUUUCAAAAUCUUACCCAUCUGACAGUAACAGAUUGCCAUAAAAUAGAGAUGAACUUAAUAACACCUUCAGUUGCCAGAAGUUUGCGACAAUUGAGGGAAAUGAGUAUCUGCAGAUGUGAUAUGAUAAUAGAAGUAGUAGCAGAUGAGAGAGAUGCAGCAAAAGAUGAGAUUGAUUUUCCCAAAUUGAAGUCGCUGUCACUCUGGUUUUUAGAAAAUCUCAUGUGCUUCCACUCUGGGAAUUACAUUUUAAAAUUCCCAUCUUUAAAAGAAUUAAAAGUGAUGUAUUGCCGCAAUAUGAAGACUUUCUCUCAAGGGGUCUUGAGCGCACCAAAGUUACGGAAGGUAGUAGUAAGGGAAUGUUCAUAUGAGUGGUUGAAGGGUGAUCUUAAUUCAACUAUACAACAAUUAUACCAAAAAAAGGCUUACUUUGAUCCGAAGGCAUUGACAUUAAUUGGAAAGGACGUCAAGCAAAUAUGCCGAGGCCAAAUUCCAGAUGAACCUGAGGUUGAUCAAGUGAAAGCUCUUGAGAUCUUUAAAGACGAAUCAAGAAGCAUUCCAGUUGAAAUCCUUAAGACGUUUCACAACCUUAAAAGCCUUAAACUAAAAGCAAGUUCAUACAAAGAGUUGUUCUCAUGUGGAAAUGAUGAUAAAUGUGUUGGGACAUUCACACAGUUAAAAAAUCUGGAAGUCCUUCAUUGUCACAAUUUGACCACUCUAGAGCCAUCUUCUACAUCGUUUGAAAAUUUAGUCACUCUGGAAGUACAAUAUUGUAUUGGAUUGAGGAGCUUAUUGACAUCAUCAACAGCAAAAAGUCUGGUGCGACUCCAAAAAAUGACAAUAAAACAAUGUAAAAUGCUUACAGAAGUAGUAGCAAAUGGGGGAGAUGUAG